UACGGAGGGUCGGUUUAGGAUUCCUGUGACCCAGCGAGUGAACUCGGUGAUGCGUGGCGGGAUGGUGCGCGUCCAGCUCUCGGAGAGCCGCGUCCGUAUGGACGCAUCCGUGGUGCUCGGUGGACACGGAGCGCUGCUGGUGGAUGUGCGGCGCUGGGGGCCGGGCUACAGUGGGCGUCUGUGAUCGCUGCGGUCAUUACGGAGCCGUGUCGGGGCCUUUGGUCAGCUGAAGGUCGCGAACUCCCUGCGCUAGCAGCUCUUGUCCCCAAAUAACGUUGCGUGUUUUUCCUCUGUUCUCUCUGCGCCUCCCAGUGAGCUCUCUGCACUGCACAGGUCAGGCUCGGCCCUGCCCUGCUCCUUACCCUGCAGACUUCAGCUCUCAGCAGGGGCACCCGCGGGUGAGCUGCAGGUGGGUGCUCCACGAGGGCACCUCGGCUCUGACAGCAGCAGAACCGUGCUGGUCUUCAGGAUGUGUGUUCACGUGCUUUGCUGCCACUGUUGAACCGCUCAAGAGUCUUUGAAAAGUGCCACCUGAGACCUAAUAGUGGUGAUUGCUGGGCUCGAGGUUUUACAGCAUGCUUAUCCUUUUCAGAACCCCAGCACCUGGGUUCCAUCUGCAGAAAGACUGAAUCAAAACUUUCUCUGUGUGUUCUGUGUGAAUUGGUUAAUUAACAUUCCAAAGAUCCAUUUUGCUUUGCAGGAUGGCCCAGCAUCUGUUGUGUUCAAAUCCCCUUUGCCUAAAAAAUUAUCCCAGGUGCAUCCUAUGUAUUGUGAUGUCUUUUACAGCUUGGCUUGAAUGCCUCAGAACUGACAAAGUGUAGAAACAAGAGCAGUUUUGCCCUGUGCUGGAAGGAAAGCAGGUAACCAGCAAGAGGUGUAAGCAGCUUUGUGUAAGAGAGAAGUGUAGGUUUUUCUGUCUGCCAGAGCUGGUGCAAACUCGCUGUCCUUCCUGCCUGCUGUUGGUCUGGCUGGCUGGUGUCUGUCAGAAGAGGUGAUGCUGGCUGUCAGCAGUGAAUUUUCCCUUUGCUUCUGCUUUUGUGAGAUGUGAUUGAAUUGAAGCCUGUGGUGAGGGUAAAGUGGUAUAAAUUGAUCUUCAACUUGUUUGAUUUCAGCAGCUUUUCCUGCUGUGUCAGAUUUAUUAAACAGAUUUUGAAUUGGUCAUACAGCAGCAGUUGUAGAAAAAUGACUUGUAAUGCAACAGUGUGUUUGCCUAUAGCCUUAGUUACUGAUGAGUUAUCUGUUUUUGCUCUGUAUUUAGCAUCCUAUACUUUUUCCUUUGCUUUAGGUUGUUCUUUUCACUGAAUUGUACAGAGUAAAGCGAGAGUGUAGGCUUUGCUUUUAUAGUAAUACAAACAAUAUUUUAACUUGUAUAUGUAUAUGUACACAUCCACAUUUGUUUUAAAUUCUGUCUGCUCAGAUGAGGGAGAAAAUCUAUUGCUAAAUAGGUGAUUUUUGUGAACUCUGAAAUUGAGUAACUAAAAGUCAGGAUCCUGUUAUUUACUUGCUUUGUAUGUCACUGAGUCCAACAUGGUUCUGGUUGCACAAGAUGGUCUAAACAGGAGGUGGAUGGGAGAGAUGCUGGUGGAGGUGGUGUCUGAGACAGCUAUAAAUCUUCUGCAAAAUCAUCAAAUAGUGGGGCAAAAUGACUGUAUGUUAAGGAAGGAUAACUUCUGCCUGAAUGUCUUAUGGAUGAAAAUGAGUACGUAGAGAAGAAUAGAAAAGUGCUUUGAAUAGUAAAUGACGCUGCUCGCGUAUGUUCAUCACUUCGCUGUUCUCUUCCCUGUGGUGCCAGUUUGUAACAGUUCCAUCAGCAUUAUUGCUACAGGAGCCGGAUCUGCACAUCCUCCAGAGUCAACGUGUGAGUUGCUUUUGCCAGAGGUGAUAGAUAAAGGCAGUUGUUACGACACCGGACUCGUGUCACCUGAGUUGGUGGAGUGCUGAGAUUGCUUACAAUUAGCAGAGCAAAGCCGAUCUUAGUGUUGGCACAGACCUCAUGGGCAGGUACUGCUGAUGGGUUGUUGUGCAGGGGCUGAAGUGCAUUUCAUUUUGCUGCCGCGUUUCUGACGGCGGUGAGUGCCCAGACUGCUGCUGGAUUGGGUUUGUGUGAGAACUUCUUACCAGCCUCAUUAGAAUCCUGAAUGUGAAGGAGUGAACAAAACAUAUUGGGGUGAUGAUGGAUUUCCUUUUUGGCGUUUACAUUACAUUUCUUUUCACCAACAAUAGCAUAUCUUUAAUGUUUCUCUGAUAUUAAGUCUUUUGUGUAUGUACCAGAAUCUCUCUGUGUAGUAAUAACUUGCAGAAGAAAAGGGGAUGCAUAAAAUCACGUGAAAAGCAGUUACAGGAAAGAAUUUGGUUAUUUGCUGCUGUGGGAGUGGAUUACUGAGCGUUAUUCCUGCGUGAAGACGUGCUGCCAGAACAGCCCAUCACAGUGCUGCUGCUGGGAGCCCUGCAGCCGAUGCUCAGUGCUGCUGCUGGGGAUCCCCAUGUCCUGUUGCUCAGUGCUGCUGCAGCUUGGGGGCCAUGGAGGGGCUGGGAGAUGCAGGCUUUGGGGGCUUCCCUUCCUCUGCUUGGUGACUCUAGGAAAAUGAGGCAGUUCUUUGUGCUGCACUAAGGUACAUGUAGAACAGCACUAACUGGGAGUACGCUUGUUGGAGGCUGCUGAGAAGUGUUUGCAGACGUUGUUCCAAGUCAGUUAGAGAACGGAAGGAUCUGAUCCAGCAGUUUUCUGCUCAGUUGGCAAUGUGUUCAAUUCAGUGAGAAGUGUUUCAUUUUGUUUUCAUUCUUUUCAUUUUCCAUUGUUGCUGUGAAAUAAAUUCCUACUUAAACUAGUUUUCUUCCAAAAAAUACAUCUCUCAAGGUCAUUAUUUUUUAUUCAGAGUCUUAGGGUUUUCAGAAUAGGACGUUUGUCUUGCUGAUCUUUUGGUUAAAAUGAAGUCAGUUCUUCCGUUGCAGCGAGGUGCAGCCAUAGGCAGCAGCAGAACUGUGCUGCAGGCAGCUUUCUCUUGGGUGUUACACACAUCUAUUCUGCCUAUGUAAUUUAAGUGAUUGUAAGUCCAUUAAAUGAAUGACAUGAAAAAAAAUCACCAAUUCAAACUAGUGAGAUGAUGCUUAAAUGUUCGGAUGGCGAUGUGGAAUGAAAGCCAUUCGUUUUUACAGAUGCAGCAGGUGGUCUCUGCCAGCUGUGAUGUCUGCAGGUCUGCCCAGGCAGGAUUGGGCUCCUGCUUCCAGGCACCCUUCAGUGCUCAGCCGGCAGCGAGAGACUCAGGAGGUGGCUCUAACGGAGGUGUGUAUCCGAAACGUGGAUGUUCAGGAUAACAUGUCCAAUGCGUCGGAAGAAAGAAGCACUAGACAACAGGACAUUAAGAAAGGACUUCAGUUUAUAGAAUCUACUUUGCCCUACCCAGGGACACAAGAACAAUAUGAGCUAUUUAUACGAGAACUUGUUAGAAAUCUUUUUAAUGAAGGGAAUGAUGUGUAUCGAGAAGGUGAUUGGAGGGGCUCGCUGAAUCACUAUUCAGAAGCUAUAAACAUAGCAGAUUAUGCUAAUUCUGAAGAAAUCCAUGUGUCUGAUGAUAUUUUAGAGAAGCUACAUGUAAACAGGAUAGCAUGUUUUUCAAAUAUGGGACUGCAUGAAAAGGUUUUAGAAGACUGUGAGAUAGCAUUAAGGUUAAAUGAAAAUAAUUUUAGAGCACUCUAUCGGAAAGCAAAAGCACUGAACGAGCUGGGAAGGUAUAAGACAGCUUAUGAUGCUGUAGCAAAAUGUUCUCUUGCUGUGCCACAGGAUGAAAGUGUGAUUAAGCUUACUCAAGAACUAGCUCAAAAAUUAGGAUUAAAAAUAAGGAAAGCAUAUGUAAGAGCAAAGCCGCCCUCGAAUUCUGUUUCUAGUGAUAUAUCAACUCAGAAUUCUUCUUCUGUAGAAGAUAUUGAGUUAGAUUUAUCUGACCAGAAGCAAGAUACGGUUUCUUCUGCUUCUUCAUCAGCCUUUGUUUCUGAAUUGUCUAAAGUGGCAUCAGUACCCAUAUCAUCUUUAUCUUCUGUUAUGUCUCUUCAAGUGGAAAAAGCUUCUUUGCCUUCUGCAACGUUGGCAAACGGAGGAAGUGUUUCUUUCUCUAUGCCAGAAGCAUGUUUGGAUUGUGGAGAUGGAGAUAUAAUUAUUGGUGAAGAACUUGAUGAGUUACUUGAUUCUGUGCCUGAUCCAGAUGAAAGCAUAAUGCAAACUACAGGUGCCAGGGGACCUAUUCCUGCAGGAAGUGUGGCUCCCAGUGUGCCCUUCUCUGCUUCUUUGCUGGGGACGUUGCCCGUCAGUACAGGAUUUGUUCCUACUCCCUCUCUUUCAGAAAUCUUUUCACAGCCUUUGGCUUCUUCACUGGAAAAUUUCUGUUCACCAUUAAGCACCUUUUCAAUCAGUGACCCAAAAAGAGACCUUUCAAGUUCAGCUUCUAGAGAUGGAACACCAACACUUAGCAGCAAUAACUCUCCAUUGUUUAUAAAUGGCCCUAGUAGUUUGUUUGGGUCUGAAAAUUACAUGGGAAUUUCAGGUCAAACUAGAAAUGACUUCUCGAAUGUUUUUAGCAGUGCAACUGCUAGUAUACCUGUAUCUUCAGCACUUGCGGGAAGAAACCCUCUAGAAGGCACACAUGAGCUAAGACAGGCCUGCCAGUUAUGUUUUGUUAAAAAAGGUCCUAAAUUACUGGAUUAUGCUUACCACCCUAAUUUAGAACAUAAAUGUAAGAAGGAUAUUCUAAUUGGUAGAAUAAAAAAUUCUGAAGAUAAAUCAUGGAAAAAAAUACGUCCAAGACCAACAAAAACACAAUAUGUGGGACCAUAUUAUAUAUGUAAAGAUGUUGCUGCUGAAGAGGAAUGCCGAUAUCCAGGGCACUGCACGUUUGCCUAUUGCCAGGAGGAGAUAGACGUGUGGACACUGGAGCGCAAAGGAGCUUUUAGUCGAGAAGCUCUUUUUGGAGGGAAUGGAAAGAUCAACUUCACCGUGUCACGACUUCUUCAAGAACAUCACGGAUUCUUUAUGUUUCUUUGUGAGAAAUGUUUUGAUCAUAAACCCAGAAUAAUAAGCAAAAGGAACAAGGAUAAUUCAUCUUCUUGUUCUCACCCUGCUAUGCAUGACUUCGAAGAUAACAAGUGCCUUGUCCACAUUUUGCGAGAAACUAUGGUGAAAUAUUCCAAAAUUCGCCCUUUCCAAGUUCGGUGUCAACUUGACCUGUGCAGACACGAGGUGCACUAUGGCUGCUUAAGAGAGGAUAAAUGCUUUUAUGCUCACAGUCUGGUAGAGCUUAAAGUCUGGAUAAUGCAAAAAGAAACAGGUAUUUCACAUGACACUAUUGUUCAAGAAUCAAAGAAAUACUGGCAGAACAUGGAAGCUAGUGCACACGGGUCACAGAUCCUUGGGAACCAAAUGAAAUAUGGAUCACUUAAUUUGAAGAUGAAGUUUGUUUGUGGUCAGUGCUGGAGGAAUGGUCAAGUUAAUGAGCCAGACAGAAACAAAAAAUACUGCAGUGCAAAGGCAAGACACCCGUGGACCAAAGAUCGCCGCGUGGUGCUUGUAAUGUCUAACGAGCGCAAGAAGUGGAUGACCAUUCGUCCCCUUCCUGCAAAGAAACAAGUGCCUCUGCAGUUUGAUUUGUGCAAUCAUAUUGCUUCAGGCAAGAAAUGUCAGUAUGAUGGAAACUGCUCAUUUGCUCACAGUCCUGAGGAGAGAGAGAUGUGGACAUACAUGAAGGAGAACAGCAUUCAAGACUUGGAGCAGUUGUAUGACAUAUGGCUAAAAAGUCAAAAACCAGAAAAAGGAGAUGAUACAGCUGCUCAGGCAAAUAAAGAAAAUGGGAAGCAAAUUCACAUGCCAACUGAUUAUGCUGAAGUAACAGUGGAUUUCCACUGUUGGAUGUGUGGGAAGAACUGUAAUAGUGAGAAACAGUGGCAGGGUCACAUUUCUUCUGAAAAGCAUAAAGAGAAGGUUUUCCACACAGAAGAUGAUCAGAACUGCUGGCAGUAUCGCUUUCCAACCGGAUGUUUUAGUAUUUGUGAUAGAUAUAUGGCUGGUACUUGCACUGAGGGAAACAACUGUAAAUUUGCCCAUGGAAAUGCUGAGCUCCAUGAGUGGGAAGAACGAAGACAAGUUUUAAGAAUGAAGCUCAGCAAAGCAAGAAAAGACCACCUGAUUGCUCCCAGUGAUAAUGACUUUGGAAAAUAUAGUUUUUUGUUUAAAGGUUUAGACUAAUACUGAGAUGACACAUACACGUUGCCAGCUGGAAGCAUAAACCAGAACAAUUGACAAUAAUCAAAAGCAUGUGACAGAAAAGCUGCAGGUUUUCUGCUUUUAUUGGCAUAUAUUGUUCCUCCUGAACAGCAAAAUAUAGUAGAUUUAGGGGAAUUGAGUGGACCUGUCUGUGCUGUCAUGAAGCAGAGCGGUGAAGAAAAAAAUCUGAAGUAUUAUGUGCUUUCUCACCUCCUGUUGGACAGAAAGUUAGGGAAUAGAAGGGGGAGAGAGGUUGUAAUGUCUAGGAAGCCCCCUAGCGUCAGUCCUUCAGCUGAAAAACUUCACGGUAUCAAGGUAUUACAAAGCAGAGUGUUACGGGCUAAGAAAAUGAUGGAUGAAUAUUCUUCAGAUCUUGUAAUGGAGAAGAUUUGUUUAAAACAAAGUUUGCUACUUAUCUAUAUGUAGGUUGCUAAAAAGGAUUUUCUUAUUAAAGAUUUUAAACAAAAUAACCAUUUAACUACAAUAUAUGUUGAAUGGGUAUUUUUUCUCUAUUUGUAUGUUUCAAUAUAAUUUACUGAAAAAGGAUCGUGGGAGGAAAAACGUAUUCAUUUUUGAAAAUGAAGUAGUUAAAAUUGUUUCUUGGUCUUUGCUGUUUAAAUGACGAUUUUGAAAGAUUACACUUGUAUGUCAGUAUUGUGUAUUAUUGUAUGGACUAAUGUUGCCUGUAAUAAAGAGAACUUUACACAAA